ACACAAUAUAAUAAUAAAAGUGUAAUAUAAUUGGGUAAAAGCAGUGAAUGGAAAAGUAAAAUUAAUGAUGUGACUCAAAAUUAUCAAAAAAUGUUUAUGCCCAGGCACCUUUAAUUUAGAAGGGGGGGGGGGGGAUCUAGACUGGCGAUCGAAGUUUAUAGUGGGGUCGAGUCAUGGUUACCCGGAAAAUAUAUUUUAAACAUUAAAAAAUGUGCUUGACCAUGGAGAAGGGGUUCGAUCUUCGACCCUCACUCCACCCCCUACAAGUGCGCCUGGUGUCUCUAGAUAUGCCCGUACCAGACAAUGGAUAUGAAGUAUUAAUAACAUAGGCGUACGAUGUCCCAGUUUUGCCCGAAUUUAAUAAAUAUGCCCGAAUCCUGGAUAACAACAUUAAUUCAUAUUAGCAUUACUGUCAAACAGCUAGGGUUCGAAACGAAUCGCUACGCAUUUACCCAUGGAUUGCAACUAAUAUUGUGGGUAAAAUGAUGGAAAUACACGGUGAAAGGGUUUCAGGCCAACUUAUUUUGCACAAAUAUCUAUUGUUUUUGUCCGAUUUUGAAAUAUCGUCAACAGAAAUGAAGAUGGCGUCCCACACAGUGAAGACGUGGCAGUUAGCCAGGGUGUUAUACUCGAGGCCCAGCAAGCAGUCGGAUCUUGUCAUUGUGGUGGAACGAAGAACACUGUAUUUCUACAAACAGUUGCUGUGUCUAGUGUCACCUGUGUUCAAAUCGAUGCUGUGUUCAGAUUUCAAAGAAAAGAAAACGCGUACAGUCAAUCUGGAGGGAAAACAGGUCGGAGACAUUGUAAUGCUACUUGCGUGGAUUGAUCCAGCUGUUACUUGUAAAAUACAAGCAACUGAAGCGGAGACGCUAUUAUCCCUGGCUGAUGAAUACGAUAUCAGCAUUCUGAGAAAGUCGUGCCUGGCCAUUCUUCACAGUGUUCUGUCGACGGCGCCCGUGUCCAAAUUACUGCAGUACCUCCAGCUGGCAGACCAGAGAAACAUGUACGAGCUUAAACACGCUGCCAUGGACAGAGCGAUGCAACUAAACCUGUCCCAGCUGAAGUCGGACCAAAACAUGUAUAACUCCUUGACACAGUCAACUCUGACGCAGAUCUUGGAAAGUCUUGUUGAAAAAAAGCCCAACCGUCGUCACCUGUUUUUCCAUAAUUCAGACACCUGUUUUGGCGUAGGCAGUCCAACGGAUACGGAACCUGCCACAGACGUCUCAAAGAAGAAGGAAGGGUUUACAUUUGGUAGUGCUCCUACAACAACGAAGUACUGCGUGUCAGAGAAGGAAGGGUUUACAAUUGGUAGUGCUCCUACAACAACGAAGUACUGCGUGUCAGAGAAGAAGGAGGCGUUUACAUUUGGUAGUGCUUCUGCAACAACGAAGUACUGCUUGUCAUCCGAACUGACGGAUGUGCGGAUCGCCAUAGAACAGAACCGGCUCUACUACUACAGCGACGUCCUCAAACUGACGUCAUCGACGUUUGCCAACAAGCUCGAGGAGUUGGAUAAAGAUGAGAAGUUGUCGCUGGAAGUGGGGAGCGUCCAAGAUAUAGCAAUGAUACUGACGUUCCUCGAUCCAAGUAACGACGUGGACGUUAUUACUGAUGUGAAAACUGCUCUCCAGUUGCUCUGGUUAUCUCUUGAGUACGACAUCCAGAUUUUACACGAGGCUUGCGAGAAUUACCUGACGUCCAAUAUAUCAAAGUGUGACGAGCAUGACGUCACCCGGUGCAUUCUGCUGGCCAACAGGGGGCAGUGCUCGGAGCUGAUGAUAGCAGCCCAACAAGAGACAGUCAAAUUCAGUAUUUCCAGUCUGAAAAACACAGAGUCGUACAAGGCAAUGGAAUCUGAUACUCGCAUAAGACUUCUGGAGUACAACGUUAACAACCACUGAAUAUUUGUGGUGGUAGUGUGCACAGAACAACAUACGAACAAAACUGCUGGGCUUGAUUAACUGUUCCAAUUAAAGUUUCAUAUCUAUAGGCUAUAAAGUAAACGCUUGGGUAUAUUAAAAUGUUAUAGAAUCUC